ACACAGCAGAAGAGAAGAAGAAACGUAAUUCCUUCCACUUCAUUUUAGUGAAGUUCAGUAUUGCUCUUCUGCACUUUUCACCUGUCCAAGUGCAAUUGUAUAAUUAGCUCAUCGUUUUUCACUUUUUGUGCAGUCCUCAUCCUGCAGUAACUACAAAAUGUUUGCUGCCAGAAGAGCGUUGCGUCUUUGUCAAAGAGUGGCAAAUGUUUGUGUUUCGCGACGCGGAUGCGCUGGAGCUGUUCCAGUGGACGACAUCGUGAACGGUCUAACCGAGGAGCAGAUCCAGCUCAGACAGACAGUCCAGAGAUUCUGCCAGGAGAAGCUCAGUCCAUACGCUGAUGAGAUUGACAAGAAAAACGAGUUUCCCCGCAUGAGGGAGUUUUGGAAGGAGAUGGGGGAUCUUGGACUGCUUGGAGUUACUGCUCCAGUGGAGUACGGUGGAACGGGAUUGGGCUACCUUGAACAUGUGAUUGUUAUGGAGGAGAUCUCCCGUGUUUCAGCAGCUAUUGCUCUCAGCUAUGGAGCACACUCCAAUUUGUGUGUAAAUCAGAUGGUUCGACAUGCAAACCAGAAACAGAAAGAGAAGUACAUGCCCAAGCUGAUGACGGGCGAGCAUGUGGGUGCCUUGGCCAUGAGUGAGCCCAACGCUGGCUCUGAUGUGGUGUCCAUGAAACUGACAGCGAAAAAACAAGGGGAUCAUUACGUGUUGAACGGUAAUAAGUUCUGGAUUACGAAUGGACCAGAUGCAGAUGUUCUGAUUGUGUAUGCUAAGACAAACCCAGAGGCAGAAGCCCGUGGUAUCACUGCUUUCAUCAUAGAGAAGGGCAUGCCAGGAUUUAGCACAGCGCAGAAGCUGGAUAAACUGGGAAUGAGAGGAUCUAACACCUGUGAACUCGUCUUUGAAGACUGCAAGGUCCCUGAGGAAAACAUAUUGGGUCCAUUAAAUAAAGGAGUAUAUGUUAUGAUGAGUGGGUUGGACCUAGAGAGACUUGUCCUGGCCUCUGGACCUGUUGGCAUCAUGCAAGCUGUACUUGACCAUGCAAUUCCUUAUGUUCAUGUUCGUGAAGCCUUUGGACAGAAAAUUGGCCACUUCCAGCUAAUGCAAGGAAAAAUGGCUGAUAUGUACACACGGCUUAGUUCAUGUCGACAGUAUUUAUACAACGUUGCCCGUGCUUGUGACAAAGGCCAUUACAGUGCUAAGGACUGUGCUGGGGUAAUCCUUUAUUGUGCUGAGAAUGCGACUCAAGUUGCCUUGGAUGGAAUUCAGUGCCUUGGUGGAAACGGUUACAUUAAUGACUACCCAAUGGGCCGCUUCUUAAGAGAUGCUAAACUUUAUGAGAUUGGAGCUGGUACCAGUGAGGUCAGAAGGAUGAUCAUUGGCAGAGCCUUCAAUGCAAUGUUCAAAUAAGAGCACCACUUAGCGGAUGCGUAUCUGAUCCCACAUGAACUGUGUUGCUUUUAAGACAAAACAGUCAUCUGGCUUCUGAAUUUUGACACUUCAAUUGAUGUGAAGCAUAAUUGCUGAUCGGUUUCAAGAGCAGUGAUACAAAACUAUAAUGCAUCCUUUGUAUGUCUAAAGCUGUUUAUAUGAUUCUGUAACACUACAUCAAGUGGUCUCGCAUACAAGAACACAAGCAGUAGUAAGAGAUUUACCUCUCAGACCCCAAGUCAUUUGUCAUAGCACAGUUGUCUUGUUUUUUGUCAAAACAUGGUCAGUCUUUAUAAGCUGGUUUGCAUAUCAUCUCUGCCCCCUAACAUGAUUGUUUGUGGCUUGGUUUCUUAUGUGAAUAAAAUAAAGAUUUCUUUAUAGAGGAUAUUUAUUGAAGUCAGUGUAAUUCAAACAUUCUUUCCCAUUUAAUUUGUUUGUAUUUUAAUUAUGUAUUUGCCAUUUCAUUUGUUUAAUCUUAAGAUUCAAUAUAAGCUUUGCACUUUUUUUUCCAUUGUACCGACUCACCAAACCUUUGGGAUUUUAGAAUCCUGCCUUAAUGAAUAAUCACUUCAUGUUAACCUUACUGGUUGUAUAAUGAUUGUUUAGAAUAAACAAUCUUUCUUCCA